UCCAAGAUGGCGGACGAUGCGAGAAAUGUAGAUCAACAAAAACUCUCAGAUAUUGUGAAGGGAUUACACAGUAGACUAAGGAAACAGUUGAGAAAAGCUAAUGGUGACUACCAAAAAGUGUGGGACGAACACUGUGCAGACAAGGCAAGAUUAGAGGAAUAUGCUUCAGCUAUGCACAUGUUAGCUGUCAAUCACUGGACAAAGCAGGCCCCUGAGGGGAGGGUCGAGUGGUGUUAUCAGACUGCAACUGAAUUCUUUAGAGGGGGAGGACUGAGGAAGCUCAUGGAGAAGCAAAAGAGGAAACAACAGUUUCAUGAAGAUUUGAAAGAGUGUUGCUGUUGUUUUGUGACAGAUGAUACUGAUAGAUGUUCUGUGUCAAUAUAUCCUUCAGCCCAUGAAAAAUUAUUUCUCCUUGAUGUUGGAAGUUGUUUCAAUCCAUUUGCUGUUUAUGAAGAUGUUUUUCCUAUAGCUAUUGACUUGCAACCGGCAGAUUCAAUAGUUUACCAAUGUGACUUUCUCAAUCUGGAAAUUCAAGAUUUGCCUCCCACAAGAAAAAAAAAAUGUGCUUGUGGUGUCUGUAUUAAAAUGAAAGACAAUGACUUGGAACUACAAUGCUCCACAAGGGAUCACUUUGAACUAAAUGAUGUGCACAUGAAAGGUUCUGGAAGGAAAAGCACUGAAAGUUCACUUCAAUCUGAUAAACUGAAAGUAAACUAUGAUAGUGCAUACUCAGCGAGAGAUUAUCUUAAAGAGAAAGCUGAAAUACUGCUUUUAAAAAGCUAUUUAAAAGAAGGAAAACAAGUAAAGACUCUUCCUUCAGAAUUGUUUCACAUUGUUGCGUUCUCUCUUCUCCUGUCAUAUUUCCCUUCUGCUGCUCAAAGAUGGACUUGUUGUCACAAAGCGCAUCAACUGUUACGACCAAAUGGGCUUCUUCUCAUUAUCACACCAGACUCAAGCCAUCAAAACAAGAACGCAGUUAUGAUGAAAUCUUGGAAGACUGGGGUUGAGUCGUUAGGAUUUGUUCGAUGGAAGUAUGAGAAACACACUCAUCUUCAUUGUAUGGCUUUUCGUAAGGUGGCACCGUGCCAUUACUGUAACCGUGACAAUGGCCAUGCAGAAAUGAUGUACAUUCCGCAAGAUUUUCAAGAAGAAGAGGAUGAGAGUUAUUUGGGUUGUUCACAGAAUGAAGAGAACGAGUCCGUCGUAAUGGAGUAUUUAAGUGAGCUUCCAGACUUAUGAAAGAAACAACAACAACAAAGACAGCAACAAAAACAAAAUGAAACAAAGGUGUCAAAAUUGUUAUUACUCGCGUUGUUUAUGUUUACUUGAUCAUUUGAUUAUUAACAAUUUUCUCCUAUCAGUACCACCCUUAAAACAAACAUUGAGUUCAUGAGAAUUAAGGAAAUGGUCACCAACUAAGGACGCUCUUGACUGUUAAACAAAUUCUCCUCGUCAGUGCCAUAGGAAAUAUAUAGAACAGUAAGGAGAAAAUGUAUACUGAUGUUAGGAUGUAAAAGGCUAAAUUAUGGUUUGUUUGCAUAUUGCGGCCGGGCAGUUCGGAACUAAUUAGAUUGUGCUGGCGAGCAGAAACCGAGAAAUGCUCAACACAGAUAUUAAAAAAAAAACAGAGUAAUGCACAAUCGUCUAGUCGAAGUUGCAAGGCUUUUUGUCUACGAUCACAUUUGUGCCAUCUCUUUUUCAUAAUUGCUGUAUAUGUUUUUUUUUUAAUCCAAAAUAUUUCUCACACGAGAAUCAACUUUAGUUCUCUAUCUGUUUUGCAUUAAGCGGGCGAUGCCCGUCCAGACGUUUCCGUUUUGCUUUGUUUGAAAAUGGAGACCUCUCUUGCCCAAGGGGACAAUAUUGUGACAUGAAACAUAUUGUGCAAGAUUUUAUUUACUGAAACUCAAAAUACAAAAGUUUAUUGAUGGCCAGCCAGCUUCAGUAAAAAUAAAAAGUUGAAAAGAAAGACAUAUGCAUUCCUUUUUUUUUUUUUUUUUCGUUUUCCGUUUCCCGAUCAAAAAACGAAAAUUUGCGCCUCUUGAAAGCAUUUUUC